AAAAAUUAUAUAAAAAUUUUAAUCUUUAAUGUAAGAUAUUUUACAUGAUUAAGAAUUUUGUAUUAGUAAGAAAAAUAUAAAGAUAGUGGUACCUGCACUGUUUUAAAGAUUUGGAUGAUGCAAAGUGCUUCCCAGUUUAUAAAAAAAAUGGAUGCUGCAUCAUUCACGGUUGGAGGAGUCCUACACUGAGUACACUGACAGUUGGCUUAUAACAACUAUAUUCCCACGUAGGAAAAUAUAGUUUAUUUUUUAAAAAUAAAAUAAACUAAUUAUUUUUUCCAUUUCUUCAAUUAAAUAAAUAACGGAAGAUACAUUUAUAGGAACAUAGCAUAUUUUGUCCCUCUGUGUUUUGUUAAUUAAAGAAUGGAAGGUGGCAUGAGACAUUGAGAGACGAAGGUUAAGAAGUAUAAAGAGUGAGAGUGCAGAGCAGAAAAAAAGAAAGAGAAGAAGAAAGAAGCCAUUCCUUAUUUUUGGGUUUAGCAAUUUUGGGGAGAGGUUUUUGCCAACUUGCAUGGAAUUUGAAUCUCCAACUUCUCGCCCUAUCCCAAGUGACGUCGUUUUCGACCCUCCGCCGUUUCCGAUCAUCCACCCCUUUCUGCCGCCGCCUCCUCCGCUCUCCACGGUGCUGCUUCCUUUUCCCUUCAACCCUUCACUUUUCUUCGUAAUGGACAAUCAAAGGUCCAUUUCUCUGCUUCAGUUCAUGGCUGAUGAAGGACUUGUUCCGCCGCCAGAAGAGGAUGAGAAAAGGAAAAACGCUAUUAAGAAGCUCAAACAGAUAGUCUCAUUAUGGAUCAAGAAGGUUGCAUGUCAGCAUCAACUACCAAAACACCAGAUUGCUGUUACUUCUGCCACAAUACUGACAUAUGGAUCUUAUGGCCUUGGAGUUCACAGCUCAGAGUCUGACAUUGAUGCUUUGUGUGUUGCUCCUUUUUUUGCCUCAAUUGCAGAAGACUUUUUUGUUGUGUUGCAUGACAUGCUUAAAAGGAGUCCUGAAGUGUCAGAUAUUCACUGUGUCAAGAGUGCAAAAGUCCCUCUAAUGCGAUUUAAAUUUGAUGGGAUUUCCAUUGAUCUUCCAUAUGCCCGGCUUAAUGUACUAUAUGUUCCUGAGAAUGUUGACAUUCUAAAUCCAUUUUUCAUGAGGAACAUUGAUGAUACCAGCUGGAAAAGUUUGUCUGGAGUACGUGCAAAUAGACAUAUUCUCCAUGUAGUUCCUAAUAUUGAGAAAUUUCAAUCUUUGCUACGAUGUCUUAAACUCUGGGCAAAAAGACGAGGAGUUUAUGGAAAUUUGCUUGGUUAUUUGGGAGGAGUUCAUAUGACAGUUCUUGCAGCUUAUGUUUUUCAAAGACAUCCUGAUGCCACUUUAAACUCUCUAAUUAUGAACUUUUUUCAAACAUUUGCAUUUUGGCCCUGGCCGACUCCCGUAAUGCUGCAGGAAGGAAUGUUGCUAACAGCUCUUGAUGCUAUAGAAGCACGAUCCUUCAUGCCUAUAUGGCUGCCAUCUAGUCCUUACGAGUUCUGCCAUACUAAUAUAACUAAAAGCACUUUCUACCGAAUCAGGUCUGAACUUCUUCGUGGGCAUAAUAUGACAAGGGAUCUUUUGAUGCCAGAUUUCGAUUGGGAUCAUGUAUUUGAGCCUUUCCCAUACUCAAAAAGAUACUUCCAAUUUGUCAAGAUUUACCUCUCUUCUCCUAAUCAUUAUACACUUGGAGACUGGGUUGGUUGGAUUAAGUCACGCUUUCGGGGUCUUCUCGUAAUUCUGGAGGGUAUUCUUGGAUUUUGUGACCCCAACCCCACAGAAUAUGUUGAUAGUGAGAAAACGGAGCCACAUGUGGUUUUCUACUGGGGCUUGCAACAUGUGAAGAAUAAUUUCAUUGACAUUGAUUUGGUAAAGGGAGAGUUCAUGAAAAUUAUCAACAAUGGCUAUGAAGGCUCUCCUGGGAGGAUGGAGUUGUCCAUUCUGUUAACUUCUCGGCUACCUAAGAAAGCAUUGAUGGUGGGGCUGUAAAGACUAAAGAGAGGGAAAGCUUGCUGGAAAAAUCAUUGAUGAUAAGAAAAGGAACCCAGUCUUUGCUGGAAAAAGGAACUCAACGUCUUCCAUGUUGCCUUGUUGGCCAUGUGUCACUUAGUAGGCAAGCUGGAUGCCUAAGCUCCAAUGGCUUGAUUUGUUUUAUUUUGAUUUAUCUGCCAGCUUGAUGUAUGUACUAUAUAGCCCUGUAUAUUCUCUCUUUUUGGCCCCUUCUCCCUCCCUUUAUUCUGGCUUCUAACUUCUGUUGGAGCAUAGGUAGGAUCAGUUCAAUCAGUAGUCUUUAGUCAUACAACACUAGAUAGAAGAAGAUUUUGAAAAGUCAAAAAGGUUAGGAGGUCUGGGACAUGUAAAGUGAAUAAACCUCAUUUUACCUUACCUACCAAAAAAAAAAAAAGUACCCUCGU